AUGUUCAUCACUGGCAUUAUACUUAUAGCUGUUGGGGCUGGCGUUGGCGCCGUUUUCAAUGACUAUGAGGACUUUUUGGUCGGCAAAUUCUUUUCGAUACCAACAUUUUUGAUAGUGAUCGGAUCGUUUAUCAUUGUGAUCACGUUCUUUGGCUGCUGGGGUGCAUUGAAGGAGAACUAUUGCCUGAUUCUCAGCUUCUCGAUAAUGCUGUUCAUCAUCUUCAUUUUGGAACUGGCGGCGGGCAUUAGUGGCUAUGUGCUGCGCAAUGAUGCAUACGAUUUGAUUGAUACCAGUCUAAAUCAAUCAAUGGGUAGCUACUCGAAUAAGCCAGUAAAUGAUGUGACAAUACUGUGGGACGUUGUCCAGCGCAACUUCGACUGCUGUGGCAUUAACAAUGCCACCGAUUGGUCCGAUCAUUUCAAAGAUAAUCAAUUGCCAUUGUCGUGCUGCAAAAUACCGGCUGGCACCAUUGGCACCUUUAGCUGCCUGGUGGAUAAUAACAAUCCCAAUAUGAACAACAAGCUGGGCUGCUUGAGCGGAUUUUCCAAGUAUAUAGCCGAUCAUGCGGUCAGUUUGGGUGCAGCUGGCGUUGUCAUUGCCAUCAUACAGUUCUUUGGCGUCAUCUUCGCCUGCUAUAUAGCACGAGAGAUUAAAAUACGGAAUGGCAUCACAGGCUUCAUCUAGACCAAUGGAUUAAUUGAUUGGUUCCAAUAUUUUUUUAUAGGAUAUCAAAUCAAAUCUUAAAUUAUUCACCAGUACAAUUUUAAUUCACAC